AUGCUGAUUACUGGACGUCCAGAAAGACGGUCACAUCGUAUGUCGACUGGAAAUGACACGGCAAGAGAAAGGUCGGCCACUGGCGGCGGCGAUAAGGAGUCGAGGAGGAGGUCUGUCUGGAAUGUGCCAGUGUUGACGCCUAAGUUCCUUCCAGACGAUGUCAUAUCCCAAGACCGACAUACUGAGAAAGCCGCCCCGGCUGAGAUGCCUGUUAUUCCUGAAGAUGUCCUUGAUGAUGGGUACAAGCUGGUUGACUCCCCAGACGAAGCACGGGUGUGGCUGCUUAGUUUCGGCGAUUUCAAACCUGGCACUGAAGUUUCGAUGAAAUUUCUCAAUCUUCGGGUUGGUGCACGAUCUUUAUUAUCGCUGUUGAGCAAGUUACUUCUGGCCUGGACUACAAAAGCCGACAAAGCGAGAAGGGACAACAAGGCUUCGCGGUCAGCUUCCCUGAAAGAGAUCAAAAAUCUUGAUUGGCUACUGCAGUACAUCUGCGAUUAUCUCAGUAUCGGCCAUAGCGACUUUGACUCCCUUGAGUUGGCACAAACUGUUGAAACGGUCACUACAUUCUGCCUGAAUGCGAGCAGAUAUGCGGACAUCAAUAGCGGCAUCAAUAUCCUGUACGCCAUAGCAUCUCAUUUCGAGUUUCCCAAGUCCGGCCUUGAACAAACUCUGGUUGUUCUGUGCGCUUCCAUCGCCAAUCUACAGGAAACGCCUGAUCACUUGUUCGACUGCAAUAAACUUCUUGCAACAAGCGACUUGAGCGGGGAGGUGCUCACUAUUCUCUAUUCCUUUAUCCGAGUACCGACGCUGGAUAACAACAGCAAAAACUUGGCCCAUGCGAGAGGAUCGACACACCUUCUGCGCAAUCUAAUCGACGAGCGAUUAAAAGAUGGGCAGUAUGUUGUCAAUCUGCAGCAAUUUAUUGGGGAGCUUCACACCGCAGCUUCUGAAGGUAUCUUCCGAUUCAGCCACGACAUACUAGCCUCAGUCCAUGCUAUACUUUCCGCCUCCAGAUUGACGGAGAUCCAAGCUCUCGAUUUUGGCAAAAUUCUGGAAAUCAUCUUGUUGUGCUUGGAGAUGACUCCCUCGAGGCCUGUGAACCCCACGCAGAACCUGCUGACACCUGUGAUAAGUCCUGAUGAGGACAAAACUCGGGUAUAUGAAAGGCACUACCGGGAGAGAGAGACGAUGACCAAGAAACUUGCCGAGGAUUUCCAGUCACUCUGGAAACACCUUUCUCCCGCCAAUCAAGACACCGUUAAUGAAUUUUUCUUGGACUUUCCGCACUUCGCUGAUAAUGAGCAAAUCAAAUGUGCCCUGGCUCUCGCCGAGACCAAAUACCUAAGUUCGGGGGACAAUGAGAGGAAGAAUCAGUACAUCCGCGAUCUCCAUGAGCGUACGGUGCAGAAUCAACAGCUGGCUGCAGCGUCUCGUAUCUGUGCGAUACAAGUACUGGUCCGAGCUUGUAACGUUCAUGCUAGUAGCCCUACCUCCGAUGAACAAGUCGAUGAUCUGUAUGGAUGGAUGCUUUCUGAGAUUCUUUCUCAGGUCGCUAUCGAGCAAGAUGGACAAGUUCUUGCCGAACUCUUCUUAGCUUUGCAGGAAAUGGUGUCUAAUUACGAAGAGGCUGCCAAACAUACUCAGUCAAUCAUGUCCAUGAUCAAGACUUUGAAGGAGCUUGUUCUCCUAUCCUCAGCGAGGGGUAUUUUCACCGACACACAUGCAGCUGAAGCCACCAAGAUUCUUGCGACAGUGUUCUGCUAUGGUGUUCAUCUCGACGCUGCGGUUGCGGUAGAAGUUUUUGAUGCACUCCAGAACAUUGCAGGUUCCACUUGUCACUUCCGACCCGCUCGCCUUGUGGCCAAGCGGCUCCUUUUCCGUGUGAGGGCUGAUGACGCUGGCUUCAUCUAUGUCAUUAGUGACAGCGAAAGCCAACAUAUUGCAAGCGCUCUUCUGCGCACACGCGAAUCAGCAGAUGCCUUCGAGGCCCCCAACACACAACGACAUUCGGCAAGCAGUGCCAGCAUAUCAACAAAAUCAGACCUCCAUGAACCGAUGUGGAUGUACCCAGAAACCGAAGACGUAACGUAUCUCUUCGCAGACCGUCCGUCAACAUAUCUCAAUGUUGACGCUUCUUCAAAUCCUGAAAGUCAAACAGAACUUGACAUGGAUACCUGGCUGAUGAACAUCAUCAGAUGUCUUCAGGCGGACACAGAUUGGGAGACCUAUAGUUACACCAUUAUCCAUGUGGCAGCACAAUUGAGCAACAUAGCUCUAUUCCUGAAUUCCAUGGAGGCUGUUGUAAAAUUUCGACAGGUAUUGUGUGAACAAAUUGUCAAUAACACCUUUCGCGAGGCUCCCCCUCCGAUUGGGCUCAAAAAAUCAGAUGUUGCAUUGUGUAUGUUCAACAUUCUGGUACCUCUGAUCGCAUACGCCACUAUGAAGCACGAGGCAGUGCAAAAAGGAUUCGGCGACGACCUUGUGAGAGCAUUUCUCGCCGGUAUCGCCGGCGCCUGGGAGGGUACAUCAAGGCCAUGCAUCCAUGCGUUGUCAAUCUGCAGCCUUGAGAUCCCGUCUUCUGUUGCUUCGCUGUACCCUACAAUCAUCGACAAGAUGUCCAAGAACAUGACGCAGGUGCAUCUCACCGCACAUAUCCUUGAGUUCCUGAUCCAUAUGGCUAUGUUGCCUGAAAUGCACUCAAAUCUCAACGCGGACGAAAUACAAAUGAUAUUUGGCAUCUGUAUCCAGUUCUUGGAGAAGACGCGAGAACAGCAUCAGGCAUCGGUUGCUUCGCCCGCAGGACGAUUGAGCCUACAAUCGAGGCACAGUGGCUUGAACUUCCGCCGACCACCGUACCGUGCGUCAAUGUUGACAGACAUUGGUCUGCCUCAGUACGCUGCGGCGUUGGCUUAUCAUGUCAUCAUUUUCUGGUUCCUCGCCCUCCGUUUGGAGUCCAGGGCUAAAUAUGUUUCGUGGAUUGUUGCAAGGUUAAUUUGGAAGAACUCUCAGGGGCUAGAGAUGAUUGAUGAGCAGAGCCAAGUCCUCAUUGAUAUGAUGCAGCGGACCGCUUUUUCCGAUUUAGGAGAAACGGCACCACAAGCAGACUUUGCAGGACAGAAUGACGGCCCUAUUUUUUCGGCGUCUUGGAUUGCAGGUCUCAGUGUGAUUACUGCUCAGACAGCUGGACAUACCGGCAAGACUCAAAUCAUCAAACGACAGGCGUCAGGUACAACCUAUGCCCGAUAUCAACCACUAACCACCGAAUUGCCCUCCCAUCACACGCCCAGCCAUACGGAGAUUAGACAUCAUGAGGUCACCACUGAAAUACUCCCAUCGCAUAUUAUUCUUCAGAUGGUGGCAAGCGCAGCCACGACGAAUGUUGCCGAUCAGCCGGUGCUUCUGCCAGAUGAAGAUUAUGUUCGAAGAGCACUGGACUCCUUCGAUCGCAUACCGACUGUGUCCAGCCACAAGAUUGGUGUUCUCUAUAUUGGAAAAGACCAGUCUGCAGAAUCCGACUAUCUCGCAAAUACGAGUGGCUCACAGGAUUAUGAGCGAUUUCUGAGCGAACUUGGCUACCGUGUUUCUCUUCAGCCACCUCUCCACUACAACCCCCAAGGAUUGGAAUUCCCGAGAGAUGGAGAAAAUACCAUAGCAUGGCGAAAUCGUGUCGAUGAGAUUGUCUACCACGUUCCAACUAUGAUGCCGACCGAUCUAGAGGAGGAUCCUCAGUGCAUCACCAAGAAGGCGCACGUUGGGAAUUGUCAUGUCAAUGUUGUUUUCAAUCGUUCUGGACUUCCUUGGAGCAUGGAGAAUUUCAAGUCUCAGUUGAACUACAUCAACAUUGUGAUCCGACCUGCCUGCCGUGGUCGCCAGGCUCUCGAUCCAAAUUUCAUGCCUGGAUUCUAUUGGGUUCAGGUUAUCACCAGAGAUGAUUUGCCCAACAUCUCACCAGUAGCGGACACCAAAAUCAUUUCAGCCGCUCAGCUAGCACCUUUCGUCCGGGCGCUGGCUUUGAAUGCAAGCAUGUUUUCCCAGUGCUGGAAUACAAGGGACAGCGAUUCUGAAUUUCCGAGUGGCUGGCGAGCUAGACUCCAACAGAUCAAGAGACUGAAAGAGAGGGUGAUUAGCAAAGUCGCCGAAAAACAAGGAGUGGCGGGCACUUCCUCGGGCACUGUGAAUACUGUUGUCGCAGGCACUCAAGGUGGCAGGAGGACGCCUGUCCCACGCGAUGAAGCGGGAGGCUCACGCAAGGAUGUGACUUUGGCAUCUCAGCUGGAUUUCAGCUCAUGGACAGUGUAA